CGACCCCAGCAUACGCACACACAUACACACACACAUACACACAUACAUACAUACAUCAACCUGGUCUGGUCUGAUUUGAUCUAAAUCCACAAGCCAUCUGGAUCAUCAAAAACCACGUCAAACCACAUCGUCGUACAAUAAAGCCAUGUCGGCUUCCAGUCAGUCACAGCCGUCCGAUCCCCUCGACCUUCUCGACUUCACCGAGUACGACGGCCUCCCAUACCAGUCCCCUUCACUGUCGCCUGCUACCAGUUCAAAGCCGCAGUUCAGUCAGCGUCGAGCGCCAUCAGUAACACCCGCCACCAUGCCUUCCGGUCCUCAGAUGCACGGCCCUAGCCAUCGCUACGAUCAGUACAAGCAACAGACUCCCUUCGUCCCCGGCGCCCUGGCCACCACCAUGGCUGUCAACCAGCAGAUCGGUCACAUCGGAUACACAUUGGACUACAACCAAUCGAGUGUGAGCCCGAAUGAUGACAUGUUCGACUUCAACGCUGGCCCGUCUCCCAACAUGGAGAUGGACUUUGAGUCGCAAGCCGAGCCCCCGUUCUACUUCCCCGGCGAGACCAUCAACCCCACCGCCAUUGGUGGACGGGAGCAGUCCCUGCCGUCGCCGCCCGCUCUGCAGAGCAACAUUGGCAGAAUGUACCCUGGUAUGCACCAACAACAGGCCCUCGCCAAGGCUCAAGCACAGCAGAGGCAGCAGCAGCAGAUCAUCCAGCAGCAGCAGCAGCAGAGGCAACAGGCCAAGCAGAAGAGUGUGUCGCCUUCGGACCCCAUGGUCGAGCAGAAGAUCACCCAGCUCCUCAAUUCCAUGAGAGCCAAGCCUAACGGCAUGGAUGCACACGAUUCGCCUAUGAUGAACGUCUCCAGGCCCAGGAAAGACGAGGACGAUAUGGAUGAGGACGAGAGACUCCUGAACAGCGAAGAGGGCAAGAAGCUCAGCAGCAAGGAACGCCGUCAACUGCGCAACAAGGUUUCCGCUCGUGCCUUCCGCUCGAGGAGAAAGGGUAAGUACUAGCAGCACAGCGCAUCGAAUAGAUGAAUCAUGCUAACAACUACAUAGAAUACAUCACUCAACUAGAGGCCGAGAUUGCCACCAAGGUUACCGAGAACGGCGACCUGCGCGGUCAAAACCGCGCUCUCAUGGAGGAGAACAAGCGCCUCUCUGAUCUCACCCGCAUGCUCUUGGCUUCGCCAUCUUUCUCCAACUUCUUGGACCACCUCAGCCAGAACCCCAACGCCGCUCCUCAGCAGCAGCAGCUUGCUGCUCAGAUGGAGCAGAGGCAACCCGAGCAGCGCCAGAUGCCCAA